AUGAGAGAAAAAAAACUCGCACUGAACGAGCUUUAUUACAAGAAAAAGAGGAACUAUUCACCUGAUGAAUCCAAAUCUGUCACAUAUCUGAAAAAAGCAGUGGAAUUGGAACCCAUUAAUCUGGAGUUGGAACCUAAGAAUCUUGACGAUGCAGCGGAAUUAGGUUUAAUCUAA